AUGUGGACGCAGGACUUUGCGUCUGGCUACCUAUUUGGUCAGUUGUUCGACUCCUUGGGCCUGCAGCCUGAUUUUGGGGCGUUUGUGAACAAGGGCAAGCCCGAUGCCUGCCUCGCCAACCACACGCGCCUCCAGCCAACCUUCAACCGGCUGGGCGUCCAGUAUGACAGCCGCACGGCCCAGGGCCUGAUGCGCGGCGAGCCCGGCCUGGCAGCCAGGCUCCUUGCAGCAGUCAAGGCGGCGCUGGACGGCAUGGUGACCAAUGCAAGGGCGCUCGACCACUCCGGCCGCACCCUGCGCCAGUUUGGCGUGCGCCAGGCGCCGACGGCCGGCCUGCUUGAGGCGCAGCACUACAGCACUGCCAAGGCCGCGUACGACGCCGCUAGCACCAGGGUGUUUGAGGAGGUGAUGAGGAAGCGCGCCGCCAACCCCAACCAGCUGAUGGAGGCGGCCCACCUCAAGCCGUUUUACGACGAGGGCGCACGCCACGAGGCCGACGCCGCGGCGGCACUGCUGGAGGGGCGCGCCGAGCGCGUCGCGCGCCACGCGGCCGGCCGCGACCGCCUGCGCGGCACCAUGGCCGCCAACAGCCGGGAGCGCGGGGCCCGGCUAGAGCGGGAUGCGGCGGUGCACGAGGCGCUGCUCAAGCGCAAGGAGGACAGCGAGCGCGAGCAGCUGCGGGUGGAGGCGGCGCUGGCGCAGGGCGCGCGCCUGCGUGGACUAGACCAGCGCGCGGCGGCAGCCCGCGAGGUGGCGUCUGGCAUCGACGCAUUCGAGCUGACCCUCAAGCGCGUCGGCGCGGCCGGCGGCGACGAGGGCGCCGGCGUUGGGGGCGCCGCUGCGCCUGGCGCGCAGCAGGAGGGUCCAGUGGCGACGCUGGGACGGCUGCGGGCGCUGGCGCCUGCGACGCGUGAGCUGGCUGAGGGGGGCGCGGCCUACCUGGAGACCAUCAAGGCGCGGCGCCGCGACGAGGCAGCGGCGCGAAGGGAGCGCGAGGUCCGCCGCCGCCGCCUGGUGGUGGAGCAGCAGGCCGCCCGCGCCGCCGCGGAGGAGCGCGCCGAGGGCGACGCCCUGCUGGACCUGCUGGCGGCAAAGAGCGCCGAGGAGUCCGCGCUGGCGGCGCGCCUGUGGCAGCUGCGGCGCGAGGAGGAGGCGAUGCGUGCGGGGCGGCUGCUGCGGGAGGCGGCGUACGCGGAGCGGCGGGAGGCCGACCUGCGGGAGGCGCUGGCGCGGGAGGCUGAGCUGGCGAGCGCGCUGCGCGAGCGCCAUGCCGAGGAGGUCAGCGCAGAGGUCUCCGCCCGCGCCGCCGCCCGCGCCGCCGACGCCGCCGCGGCGCGCGCCGAGGGCCGCGCCGAGUGUGCGGGCGCGGUGCGGGGGCUGGUGAGCUUGGCGGAGCGCGUGGUGGAUUACAGGGCCGCGACGGGCGGCAUGGCGGUGCCCCGCAAGGAGUGGCGCGAGUGGGUUGCGCUCUUCGUUGAUUGCACCCCCGGCUGCGGCGAGGAGCUCGCGGCGCCGCUGGUGCCGCCCGUGGGCGGCGGGCUCGCCUGCGGGGAGUGCGUUGAGGCGGGGACCACAGCGGCGGCGGCGCAGGUGCUGAAUCAGGCGGAGGUGGGGGAAUACCUGGAGCAGAGCGGCGACUGGGCGCCGCCACAGGCGGCCGGCGAGAGCGGCUCAGGGGGUGCGUUGUCGCCGCCGCCGGACGCGCGCACCGCGGCUGCCGGCGCGGACGGCGACGGGCGGCAUGCCACGGGCCCCCAGGCGGAGGCGGCCGAGCGGCUGGGCCGAGUGGUGUUCUCGCUGGCGGCGGCAGCGUCGGACGCGCGCGCGCGGGAGGCCGCCGCCGCUGCCGGCGGGCCGCGGCCGCUGCCGGUGCUGGACCACCCGCUGCGGCUGGCGGUUGUGGGGGGGCCGUACGCCGGGAAGACGACGGUGGCGCAGGCGCUGGCGCGGCAGUACGGGCUCAAGCUGCUCGCGCCGCAGGCGCUCGUCUCCGAGGCGGUCGCCGCAGCGGAGGCUUGGGACAGUGCACAGCGCCAGGCGCAGGCGCCACCCAGGCAACAGCAGAGCGGCGACUGCGGCGGCGCUGGCGAUGGGCAGGACGGCAGCAGCGCCGCAGGUGCACACGCGGCGCAGCAGGGGGGCGUCGCUGCCACGAGCGACCCAGCACCCCCUGCAAAGGCCGCGCUGGGCCGCAGGCUGGCGGCGGUGCUACGGGCGGGCGGGGCCGUGCCUGACGACCUGUUGGUGGAGGCAGUGCUGAUCGGGAUCGAGGAGGCGCGGACAUAUGUGGUGCCGCCACCUGUAGACGCAGCCCCGCCCUCGUCCUCCGACGGCAGCGCCAGCAUCAGCGGCGGCCGGAAGGGCGCCGGCGCCGCGAAGCCCCCCAAGACCGGUGCUGCCGGCGCGUCCGCCUCGGGCGCCGCGCCACAGCAGUCGCAGCCGGCGGCGCCGCACCCUGGCGGCCCGGGCCGCGGGUUUGUGCUCGACGGGUUCCCUUCGACGUCGGCGCAGGCGGCGGCGCUGGAGCGCGCGCUGACUGGGCUGGACCUGGCCUCAGAGGCCGCCCUGGCCGGCGCGGCGUCGCUCCUCGCGCCGCCGCCGCGCGACGCGCUGCCGCUGCUGGAGCGGCCGCUCGCGUCGGGGCUGGACGCGGCGGUGCUGCUGAGCUGCGGGGACGAGGCGGCGGCGGCGGGGCGGGCGCUGGGGCGGCGCAUCGACCCCGUGACAGGUGCGACGGGUCGGUCAGUCGCAGCUGGGGCUGGGGCUGCCGCAGUUGAGCUGCUGGUAGACGCCAGGCGCGAAGUCGCGGUUGCGCUGGGGCUGCUGGGUGCUGUAUACCACCUCGAGCAUGCGCCGCCGCCCUCAAACGUGCCGGGCCUCACAGAGCGCCUGGUAGUGGCGUCUGCCGACGACAGCGGCAGCCCGGGAUUCGCGUGCGGCGAAGCGCCGACAGCGGGGGCCGAGGCCGCGGGGGUGGUGGCGGCAUCAGCAGUGACCGGCCCCGCAGCCCGCCCGUGCGUUGCGGCGCGCCUCGCCGCUCACACGUCCGAGGAGGCCGCGCUGUUGGCGUGGCUGGGGCGCUUUGGCACUCUGCUGCGUCAGAUCGACGGCGCCGCGCCGGCCCACGACGUGGCCGCCGCCGCGUCGGACGCCGCGGCCGCGGUGCUGCGCGCCAAGGCGGCCGCGGCCGCCGCGGCCGCAGCGGCCGCCUACGCGCGCGGCGCGGAGGCCAGUGCCGAUAUGACGCGUGGGUUUGCGGCCACCGCUCAGGGGCACGCUGAGUCAGCGGCGCGGGAGCUCCUCGGCAUCAAGCGUGCGGAGCUGCAGGCCGUGGCGCUGCUGGCGGGGCCCAAGAACGCCGACCCGGCGGCGGCAGAGGUGGUCAAGGCUCAGGCCGCCGCAAAGUGCGCGGAGCAGCUGAAGGCCUGCCGCGCGGCUGCCGCGGACGCCGCCGGCUUCGCGGAGCGCGCCGGCGUGUCGGCGGCGUCGGCGCGCGACGCGGCGCGGCGGUGCGGCGUCGCGGUUGGGGACGCGCGUGUGCUGGGGGAGGCUGAGGCGGCCGCAAAGCGCUCAGCUGACGAGGUCGAAGCCGCCAGCAAGGGCGCCGCCGACGCGGCCCGGCGCGCCGAGGCCGCGCAGGCGGCGGCGGAGGCGCUCGCGGCCGACGCGGAGAAAUGGUUGGCGGGGGCAGAGCUGCCGCCCGCAGACGCCAGGGUCGGGGCGCCCGCGCCCCAGGCAUCGGCAGCGCCGCCACCCGAAGCCUCGACAACACCCGCAGCGCCCGCGGCCGCGGCCGCCCUCCUGCCGCCGCUGCCCACGGACGUGCCGCCGGCGUUGGCGGUCGCGGCCGACGCGCUGUGGCGGCAGCUGGAGGGAAGCUACCUGGAAGGGCUGGCCCAGAGCUUUGGGCGCGCGCGCGAGGUGCGGGCGCUCGCGCUGGCGCACGUGGCGGCCGCGUGCCGCGGGUUCAGGGCGUUCCUGGCGCGGCCGGACGGGCGGCAGGCGCUGGUGGCGGCUUUUGUGGCGCGAUUCAACGAGGUGGAGGCGGACAUCAGGGCAACCAAGGAGGCGCAGGGGGAGCUGCUGCUGCGCUGCGAGGAGCUGCGGGAUGCGCUGUGGGCCGUGUGUGACGCGCGCGCCGAGGCGGCCGAGGCGGAGCGGCUGCGGCUGUCAUCAGACGGCGCUGUGGUCGAUCAGGUCAACGCGCUGGCGGAGGAAUAUGGGCGGCUGGCGCAGGUGGAGGUGGACCGCUUCCUGGGCACUGCACAGUUCCUGCAGCUCUACGUGGGAGGGGUGGCGCGCGCCAGCGGUCCCGACGCAGCCGGCGCUGGUGACCUCCAGAAGCCGCUCUGCCCGCUGCCCGCCACCGUCGUGGGCGGCCCAGGGGGGGCCGUGGGUGCAGGUGGCAAGGCUGGUGGCACUACUGCAAAGGCUGCCGCUGGCGUGACGCCGGCUCCGGCGGCUCCAGCCGCCCCCGCGCCUGGCCCCACUGCCGCGCCCGCCAACCCCGCCAGCAGCGCUGCUGCUGCCGCCGCGGCCGCCGCGGAGACCGCGGCUGCGGCCGCGGCGGCAGCCGCUCAGCUGCAGGCGGCGGUGGAGCUGCAGCUGGGGGGCCUGGGGCAGCGGCUGGCCCUGGUGGCUUUCAAGGCGUCCGACAGGCUGUCGCUGCUGGCUGAGGCGCAUGCCAUCGCGCACGCGGCGAUGGCGGAGUGGCUGAGGGCGCGAUACGCGGGGGAGUGCAGCGCGGUGGCGGCGCUCGACGGGGUCGUGAGGGCGGCGGCGGCGGAGGGGCGGCAGCUGCCGUUUGACCUGCGACUGGAGGGUGACGUGCUGGUCAUCGAUGAGUCACACCCCCUGUUGGCGCCCCCGCCCCCGCCGCCAGCCCCGGCGCCCCGGCGCCCCUCGCCGCCCCCCGGCGUGCUGACGCUCCCGCAGCUGCAGGCGGCGGCGGACGCGCUGGCGGCCGCGGCCGGCGCGGCGCGGGUGGGGGCGGGCGGGUA